CUUUUUUUUUCUUGAGGGUUGAUCCAGAGAGUUGGCCAAUAGCUGGCAGCCAGUGUAUGACCCUGGGAUGCAGGGUAUAAAGGUAGGCCAUCGACACAAACCAAGACUACAAAUAAGAAGCUCAGAGCAGCAGAAGAGAUCUUUCAAAAUCUAAUCCUAGUUGAGUCUAUACAUCUAUAAACAAGGACAACCACAGUCGUGCUGUGCUCUUUAAAACACUGCUGGAUGACUGAAGACUUAAGACCCACACUGCUGUUUUAUCCUUGACUGUUUAAAUCGGAGAAUCUCCUUCAGCAUUCCUGAUGGAGAGGCUCAAGUCUAAGGGAGGGGAGCACGUUAACCCCGCUUACGAUGCCAAUCUGGAUGAACCUCCUGUCUAUGAGGACACCAUUAAUGGGGACCACCGGACGGUCCGGCCCUCGGUGGUCAGUGCCUUUGGUCACGACACUUUGGACCGGGUGCCCAACAUUGACUUCUAUCGCAAUGCAGGCAGCGUGAGUGGUCAUCGAGCUGUGCGACCAUCCCUGCAGGAGCUCCACGAUGUGUUUCAGAAGAAUGGAGCCAUCUCUGUCCCAGACACUGUGGAGGACGAUGUCGAGGGGAGUGACGGGACCCCCUCUGAUGACCUGGAGUCUGCCGUUCCUGUUGACAGCGACAAAGGAGCAGUAAAGUUCGGCUGGAUUAGGGGCGUCCUGGUGAGAUGCAUGCUGAACAUCUGGGGUGUCAUGCUGUUCAUCCGUCUGUCCUGGAUUUUUGGUCAGGCAGGCUGGGGUCUGGGGAUUUUGGUUAUUGUUCUCAGCUGUGUGGUCACCACCAUCACUGGCCUUUCCAUGUCUGCCAUUUGUACUAAUGGUGUGGUCCGAGGAGGAGGAGCCUACUACUUGAUAUCUCGCAGUUUGGGACCAGAGUUUGGCGGUUCGAUUGGUCUCAUUUUCGCCUUCGCCAAUGCCGUGGCUGUAUCCAUGUACGUGGUGGGGUUUGCUGAGACUGUGGUCGAAUUGCUCAAGGAGCACUCUGCCAUCAUGGUGGAUGAAUUAAACGACAUCAGAAUCAUUGGAUGCAUUACAGUGGUGUUGCUGUUGGCUAUAUCAGUUGCUGGGAUGGAGUGGGAGGCCAAGGCACAGAUUGUUCUACUCAUUAUCCUGCUGGUGGCCAUAGUGAACGUGUUUGUAGGAACAUUUAUUCCUCCAACUGACGAUAAGAAAUCCAAAGGCGUAUUCAAUUAUAACUCGAAAAUCUUCAUAGAGAAUUUUCCGCCAGAUUUUAGAGAGAAUGAGAAUUUUUUUUCAGUGUUCGCCAUCUUUUUCCCUGCUGCAACCGGGAUCCUGGCCGGAGCCAACAUCUCUGGAGACUUGCGGGAUGCCCAGGCAGCCAUACCUAAAGGUACCUUGCUGGCCAUCCUGAUAACUGGCAUCACCUACCUGGCUGUGGCCCUCUGUGUCUCUGCAAGUGUUGUCCGUGACGCCACAGGAAAUAUGACUGACAUCUUCAACGGUACCUUCUGUAAUGGUUCAGCAGUGGCUGCUUGUGAGCUUGGCUAUGACUUCUCUUCUUGCCAUGUAAAAAAAUGUGACUUUGGCUUGAUGAACAACAAUCAGGUGAUGACACUGGUUUCUGGUUUUGGUCCCCUCAUCAUUGCUGGAACGUUCUCAGCCACCCUUUCUUCAGCCCUGGCUUCCCUUGUCAGUGCUCCCAAAGUCUUCCAGGCACUGUGUAAAGACAACAUCUACAAGAUCCUGCACUUCUUUGCCAAAGGACACGGCAAGAACAACGAGCCAAUCCGCGGCUAUAUCCUCACUUUCAUUAUUUCUGUGGCCUUCAUUCUCGUCGGGAAUCUCAACACCAUCGCUCCGAUCAUUUCAAACUUCUUCCUGGCAUCUUAUGCUCUCAUCAAUUUCUCCUGCUUCCAUGCAUCCUAUGCCAAGUCUCCAGGUUGGAGACCGGCAUAUAAAUACUACAACAUGUGGCUGUCCCUUUUGGGCGCAUUGCUCUGCUGUGUUGUUAUGUUUGUUAUCAACUGGUGGGCUGCUCUGAUCACAUACGCCAUUGAAAUCCUCCUCUACAUUUAUGUCACUGUCAAGAAGCCAGAUGUGAACUGGGGUUCGUCCACGCAGGCUGUGACAUUUGUGAGUGCAGUGAGCAACGCUCUGUCUCUUUCUGGUGUCGAGGAUCACGUCAAGAACUUCAGGCCUCAGAUCUUAGCACUGACAGGUUCAGCACGGACCAGACCAGCUCUCCUGGACCUGGCUCACUCCUUCUCUAAAAACUAUGGACUCUGUCUCACCUGUGAAGUGUUUGUGGGCCCGAGAUCAGAGGCCCUCGCUGAGAUGAACGCUGGCAUGGAGAAGAACCAGCUGUGGCUGAGGAAGACCAAAAGAAAGGCAUUUUACGCCGCUGUGGCCUGUGAUAGCUUCAGGCAAGGGACUGAGAGCCUGCUGCAGGCUUCUGGUCUGGGACGCAUGAAGCCUAACAUAUUGAUGCUAGGAUUCAAGAGAAACUGGAGGACUUCAAACAAAGAGGCAGUGCAUAGUUAUGUGGGACUACUCCAUGAUGCGUUUGAUUUUGAGUAUGGGACAGCGAUGCUGAGGAUGGACCAGGGACUUGAUGUGUCGCACAUUGUCGAAGCUGAAGAGGAGACGCUAAAGGCAGCAAGAGAAGCAGAGGACAAUGACGGGAUGCAGAACGGAGGGAAAGGAAGGGGACUGUUCAGGAAGUCCAGAAACUCCUCUCAGCAAGUGCUCACGACCAGAGUGUCAGUGUGCGGCCCUCCGCCCCCGCAGGUUGCUAAGAUGAAUGAGAGGCUGUUGGAGACCAGUGCUCAGUUCCAGAAGAAACAGCCCAAAGGCACCAUUGAUGUGUGGUGGCUGUUUGACGAUGGAGGCCUUACGCUGCUGCUACCCUACAUUCUCACGACCAGGAAGAAGUGGAAAGACAGUAAAUUAAGGAUCUUCAUCGCAGGACAGCCAGGACGCAGUGAGCUGGAUAAACAGGAGAUGAAGUCUCUGUUGGAGAAAUUCAGAAUUAACUGCACCGACAUCAACGUCAUUGAUGAUAUCCAUGUCCAACCCAGCUCAGACAGCUUGAAGAAGUUAGAGAACAUGAUUGAGCCUUUCUGUCUGCAUGAGGGAUCUAAAGACACAGCUCAGGCUGAAGCCAUGCGGAAACAGCAGCCCUGGAAAAUCACUGACGAAGAGCUAAGCACCUUUGAGGAGAAGACUAACCUCCAGGUACGACUGAAUGAGUUGCUUCAGGAAAACUCCAAAUCAGCAAAUCUGAUCAUUGUGAGCAUGCCCAUCGCUCGUAAGGAAUCUGUCUCUGAUUUCCUCUACAUGGCCUGGCUGGAUGUCCUGACAAAAGACCUUCCACCGACCCUGCUCAUCAGAGGCAACCACAAGAGUGUGCUCACUUUCUACUCCUGAGCACCUUGCAGGUUAUUGGCAGCUAUAAAGGAAACAAAUGGUAGUACCAUAAUGAUGGACCAUGUUCAUAAAGCGCACCACAACCUUGGAUGAUGUUAUUCAAUCCAAUACAACAGUGUAAAACAAGCAUUUUUAGUUAAGUCCUGAUGAAGGCAUUCAUACUCAUCAAUAUGAGAAAAGAAAAUAUAAGAAAAACUCAGUCAGCAGUUGUAUCUGAAGAAUAAUAAAAACUUCUUGUUAAUAUUUUACCAUUAGCCAAUUUUUUUUUUUUUAUCACUUUGUCUGGUACUGUAUGUGCUGUUUCAUGAUAGCUUGUGGCAUGUUGUGAACUGGAUUACUACACACUGUGUGAAGCAGCAGACAGCUCACAUUAAACUACACUGUAUGGCUACCAGUGUAAACGUUGUAUGCUGUUCUGGACUCAGAGUAUGAUAUGAAUGCUGUCAGUGAGGAACACUAGUCUCACACUAGUCUCAAUAAAGGAAAAUGCAUUUCUGACAUUGAAUUUUUAUGUCAGACAGUUUGAAUGUGAAUGACUUGGCAACAGUGUAUGGACAAAAUUGCAUAAUACUAAUAGAACAAAAAAGCUAAUAUUUUGGGAUAAGAACAAAGUCAAAUCACAUGUCUUUCUAACUGUGACUGUGUUGCCUGCUGCUGUGAUUGUAAAAUACAUGUAUAUAGAAGAAUUCACAAGUGGAUAUUUUGUAAACCCCCUUUUUUUCAUAAAUGAUUUGCAGCAUCUGUUCUUUUAAACUGCUCGAGUUAUGGUUUGAUUCUCUUUUUUAAGCAUUCCUUAAUAUUCACUGAGCGUAAAAAAUACACUGCUAUCAUAAAGCUGUGAAAAACAGUUUGCCUGUUUCACAUUAUACUGUUGAGAUGUGUCUAAUGUUACUAUCACAGCACACUUUUCAUUUAAGGAAAAUUGAGUGAAAUAUAAGAUUGUAAAGACAAUAAUUCUGUAUAUUUUAUCUUUUAUCUCUUUCUAUUUAAAUAUAUUGUGAUUAC